CUGUUGCAUUAAGACUGCUGUGAUAAGCUGUUUAUGAUAAACUGGAUUAGCGUUCACCUCAAGGAAAGGGCUGCUUGAUAGCAAGUGUUGCUCAGGUGUUUGCUGGGACAAUGUGUACUAGCCAGGAAAGAAAAGGAGAGAGAAAAAAAAACCCUUGGGAUAAACUGGCCAAGCCUUUGUGUACAAAGGCAAUGAAAGACGGGACGUAAAUGACUUGUGUUUGCAGAUUCUUGACCCUUCUGUGACCAGGAAUUUCUGAUAAGAGACUACACUAACUUUACAGUGGAUCUCAGCCAGGGAUUACUGUGUGUAGUUGAGACAUGUUGGGUGUAGCCACUUCUUGAUCAUGUGCUGCUUAUUUCAUGAAAUGGGGCACUUUGGAGUAACUUAUUGCUGGUUGAUAGGUGUGUGCUGAUAUUAAUUUAUAGAUGGAAUUUACGUAAUCUCUGUUGGGACUGCGGCCUCUUCAAGACUGACAUCUCAAACACACGUUGAAUCGGUUUGUGUUGAAGUUGCUAUUUAACAUAGACUUCACCUAUAUUUGACUGUUUGAUUUGGCCAGUGUUGCUGCACAUGUACAAAGAUUGAGGGUAAUCUCUAUGAUGUGCUGUCUCUGUGUAUACCAGCAGUAGAUUCUCCAGGAUUUGCACACUGUCAUGUACAUAUGAAGUCCCAGUUGUGAAGUUAUGGCCAGAAAUUUAGCUGCCUCAUAUGACUGUUCACAUGCUGUUUACUUAAGUGUGCUAGUUUUGUCACUUUUUGCUAUGGCUUGCUCCAGUCAGGAUGCAUGUGGCUUGGUGUACAAUUAGGAUUGCUGAUAAUAUCUGAAGCCCUUGUAACUCUUACAGGCUGAGAUUUUGGGGGAGAUUAUGUGCUGCUCAAGGGAAAAUAUAACAGUGGACCUUUAUAAUUAGCAGAGGAUCGCAACGGUCCGUGCUGGACAGUCAUCUUUUGCAAUUUCAAUUUCUUUUUUUCUGAGUAAAAACUAUAUAUCUUCUUGAGGAUGGCAACAGGCUAUGAGAAGAAGGAAAAAAUGACCAGAAUUGUCGUCAUGAUGAUCACACUUAAUCAACCUGUUUGCUCAAGUACAGAUAUUUUUUUGCUGUAAGAUUCGCAGUAUACUGGAUUUCAAGUUUCAAUGUGUCUGUGUUAGUGAUCAUCUGUCCUGGUGUACACCUGUGGUAUUCCCUGUAGCUAAGUGUGUGACUGUGACAGACAUGGAGCACCUCUGUUUGUACCUGCUGGACCUGGUGGUGAUGGCUGCACUAGCUGGGGUUGUCCACACCAGCAGGAUGAAGAAGCAGGAGAAGAACAGCACUGCAGCCAAAGCAGGCUCUGCUUCUAGCUCAGCUCCCUCCACCACCACAGCAGGACAGAUGGGGAUGAAGCAGUCCAAGUCCGACUCCACCUCACUCAGUUCCAAGAGUCAGGGAAAGGGGUCAUCAAAUCUAGCAGGCAAGUCGUAUCUGAGCAAGAGCCAUGAGAACCUCAGCAGCACAAAAAAGAAAAUGACGCUACCUCCUGAAACUAGUAAACCCAAGCCAGCAUCUGGAACCUCAAAGCCAGACUCUGCAAGGUCUUCUACAGAAAGAAACAAGGAAAAUCUAGCCCUGAAAGAGAAGGAAAAAAAUUCAAACUUUGCCAAACCAAAGGCAGGCAAAGCCCCGGUGGCUGCUGGAACUAUACGCAAAGCGUCAAGCACACAGUCAAUAGACAAAACAUCCAGUGGAACAUCAAGUCAGAAACCACAGCCUGUUAGUAAUAAGUCACAGGCCAUGAAACGUGCUCAAAGUACUCAGAAUGUUAGUAAAGACAAACUGUUGAAUAGGAAAAGGACAUCUGCUCCUGCAGAUGUUAUGGCAUAUAAUGCAGAACUGUUAGCUAAUUUUGAGAAGGAGAAAAAAAAUCUUGAAGCUAGGAUAUCAGAACUUACUAAACUUACAGAAAGCCGUAAAGCUGAGAUUGAGAAAUUUAAGUAUGAGGUGAAGGCACUGAAGGAACUAAUUCCUUCACAGGAUGUGAGAGACGAGUUAGAGAUGCUUCGAAAUCAGAACAAGCAUCUGCAAGAUCGACUGAAAGAGCUUGGUAUUCCUGUUGAACAGAUCACAGACACAGAAAAGUUGUUACUCAAACAGACAUUUGGUUCCAAUAAAUCUGUGGGUGGGUCUGAGUGUAACCUGCCAACUAGUGUAAGCUGUGAUAGUUUGUCAACUGAUGGUGCUAAGGCAGCUGCUCUGCCUGGUCAUGUGGGAACACUGGAGAGAUCAGCUUCUAUGACUGCUUCAGAGCCAGGCUUCUCCUUGGCUGAUCUAUGUGGAACACCAGACCAUCCCUCUGUUCUGUCUCUAGAUCCAUUGAACUGGGACAAACAGAGCAACAAGAGUCGGGACAGUGAUGGGCUAAGUGAAAUAUCAGUCCAGUGCUUGACAGAACGGAUUCUUCGCAUGGAAGAAACCAACUACUGCACUACUGAAGAACUUCAAGCAACACUGCAGGAGCUGGGAGACCUGCAGGAUGCAGUCAAUGAGCUGACAGAGGAGAACGAGAGACUGACUGAUGAGAAAUCUGUUCUACUUGAAUCCCUGUGUACCCAGACAGAAAAGCUGGAGACAUCAAGGCAUCAGGUAGAACAGCUUAAGAGUCUUCUGAUUAGUGGCAGCCUGCCUGAGAAGUCAAGUAGAGAAGCUCAUUUAGUGGAUUUGUUGAAAAGUGCUCAAGAAGAAAGAGAGGAAUUGCUGCGAAAACAAAAUGAGAUUGCAAAUGCAAUGCAUUCAAUGAGGUCAGAAUAUCGAGAAAACCUGGAUGCAAUUGAUGCCAUGCGUGACAAGAUUCAACUGGGGGAAGAUAAGAUCAGCAGCUUGAAUGCUGAGCGGGAGGCACAGGAACAGAGAAUGAUGGAGAUAAAGAGUCAAGGAAAAAAUGAUGAGAUUGAGAUUCAUCGACUCAAGACACUUCUUGAAAAUGAGAAAUCAAAAGUUCAAGAACUAGAACAGUUCAGGAAAGUAGUAGAUAAAUCUGACAUGGAAGCUUUGUUAGAUAAUGCAAGACAGGAGAAAGACCGUGCUGAAGAGAGGCUUGCCAAUAUUCAGAAAUCACUAGAUCACAGUCGUUGUGAAGUGAUGAAACUGAAGGAAAUAAUGUCCACUCGUGAUGAAGAGAUCAAAGUGGCCAAGAAUAAUGCUAAGACUCACAUAAAUGAUCUUGACUAUAAGUUGACAAAAAUGGAAAAGGAAAGGACAGACAUGCAGCAGCAGAUGGAGGUGCUACGAGAACACAUUGAUACUCUGGAACAAGAUUGUGAAAGAUAUCUUGAGGAACAGAAGACCUUCACUGAGAAGAUCCAGGAACUCCAGGAUGAGCUAAAGAAGACCCAUGACACCAAGAGCGUGGCAGAAGCUCAGCUGUAUGAAAUCAGGAGCAGACAUGAGGAGGAAUCAGAGGAGUGGAAGCAGUUUCAGAAGGAUCUACAGGUCGCUGUUGUCAUUGCUAAUGAUUUCCGUACCGAGACUCAGGAAGGGAUGGAGAAAGUAGUAACUGAAAAUGCCACUUUACGUGAAAAAUGUAAACAUCUUGAAGCAGAGGUACGACGACUGAGAUCUGAUUUGGAUGCUUUCCGUGCUCACAAAACAUUAGAGGAGGAACCUAAUACUCCUUUCUCAAAAUCCAUUUUCACUUCUGCUGAGCUGAAAGGGAAGAUGCUGUGUACUGUGGAUAGAGAACUUACAGCCCUGAGAGAAGGAAAAAAACUUGAUCCACGCAGUCAGAAUUUGUCUGUGAAAAGUUUAAUCCAGUCCAUUGAAGAUCAAGUGAAGAGUGGUUGCUCUUCCAUUCACUCCAGCCUUAAUGGCUCCAGAAGGAACUCUAAUUCAACAGAUGAUUCAUUUAGUGCUAUCCAGGAACUGUUGAAGUCUCCCACCUCGCCACAGGCUGAGACACCACUACAGAGUCCACAAGGAGAGUUCCCAAUAAGGUCUGUCUUUCGGAAGGGAAGCGAAAAAUCAUCUUCUCACCAGAGACUUUCUGCCUCUGGAUUAAAUUACAUAGACAAGAGUCCUGGGGAUGCACCCAAAACACCACCUGCAUUUGGACGUCCAGAGGGAGAGUUCACAAAGGUGUCACCAGCUAUUUCCUCCAUUCUACAAAACAGGGGACCACCUCGUAGAAACAGUGGAGCCAAUGUUGAUUCGGAGAGGAAAGAAAAUGCUUGCAAGGACCCACUGGCCUACCUGGCCAAGCAGAUGGGAGGAUCCAAACGCAAUGCCCUCCUCAAGUGGUGUCAGCAGAAAACUGUGGCUUAUUCCCAUGUAGAUAUCACCAACUUCAGCAGCAGCUGGAAUGAUGGACUGGCCUUCUGUGCCCUGCUUCACUCCUACCUGCCAGAGCGCAUCCCAUAUCAGGAACUCAACUCUGAUGACAAGCGCCAAAAUUUUAAACUGGCAUUUGAAGCUGCAGAAAGUGUGGACAUAUCAACAAAUUUGAACAUCAAUGACAUGGUUGCCAUGGAGAGGCCUGAUUGGCAGGCCAUCAUGUCCUAUGUUACCAACAUAUAUAGGCAUUUUGAGUUGGAUGGCAAAUCAUAGUACACUUCCAGUAGCAAGGAAUCAAGAGUGAUCUCCCUUUGUCUAUACUGUGCGGACCAAUAUUGUUAUGCUGUGAUGUCUUGUUAAAUCAUUUUUGCUUAAGACUAAUUAACAUUCACAUAUUUGAAACAAAUGAGAAAAAAACAAUAACUUUAGGUGGGUUGGGGGUCUUUUUUAUCUGUCGUGUCUGUAAAAUAAUGCCUUGUCUUAGGACAGCUUUUAUUUUUUAUAUAAGCUUUAAAUUGUGAUAAUCUGUGACCAUUGAUUUGUUACAUCUCUCUUAUCUUCCUUUUUUUAAAAACACCACAGUAAAAGCUUUUGUUAUUGUUUUUGUUGCUGCAGUAUUAUUUUUGAGAUGUUGUAUUUUAGGUAUUAUUGCUUCAGACAUUCACAUUUCAAAUUGUAUAUUUUUCAGUGACAUAUAUUUUUUAUCAUAUGUUUUGACCAAUGAGAUUGGUAUUAUGACAUUCUCAGUGUCCAUGCAGAUUUCACAACAAUAUAUAUAGAGAGAAAUAAACCAUCAAAAUUGAAACCAUAUUAAUUUCCCUUACCAAAACAAUUAAUUGAAUGUUUGUUAAACAUUUGGCUCAAAUUAAAAUAUUUUGAUUCAGUGUACAUAUGUUAAAAAAGUAUUAUUCUUGAGUUUCAAAAAGGACAUACAACUGUGAUGUAAGUGAAUAAAUUGCAACCCACCCUAAAAAUACUGACAACUGCCUGUACAUAUUGAUGUAUAUUUAUACGAAACACUGUCUGUGUAUGCCCACUUUGAGAAGGUAUCUACUUUGAUUGUUGACAGACAUUGUGGUUCUGAAAUACAGUGGCUAUUGACUCUGUCCUGUUGACAGUAUUCAUUAGGGCAAGUGCCAGAUAGGCCUUCAUAGAAAAAAAUUUCUGCUUGUAUUUUCUGGUGGCAUAGAAAUAUUGCUUUUAAGUUUGAUGUCUGCAUGUUAUAAAUAUUAUAUUCUAUUGCUAGUGCAAAAUAAUCAGUGCAAUAAUUUUUUGGGUUGUCUCCCUUUCAUAAUGAAGCCCCUUUUCUUUAAUGACAAUUUACAAGCUUCAGUCUCAUUGAUUACUUUUUGCUGUUUCCUGUCUACGCUGAAAUGUUGCUGUUCUCGGAUUCUUAUAAAUGGCUUUUCUCUUAGAUGGGAGGCACCCAAAUUACAUGUGUCAAUUUAUUGAUGUAAGCUCAUCAUCAGUAUGUGUCAUUUUACUAACAAGUCUAAUACGGUUAAUCUUACUCACUGAUUGAUGGCUUGCUAUGAAAAUACUCAGUAUUGUCUUCACUUUUAUUCAAUUUCAAAUAAGUAAUUUGUUGCUGAUAAGUAGAUUGUCUAGCAUGCCUAUAAUAUGAUGCGUGUAUUACUGGAAGUGAUAGUCAAUAGUUACAGAGGAGAAUGAAGUAUACCAAACUGUAUCAGUUUGUGCCGUUCAUACAGUUCACAGAACACUGCAUGCAACAUUCAGACAUGGUGCAGUUGACAAGUGUUCCUUUGAUUCAGUAAUAAUCUCAUAGUGGAAUAGGAAACAGUAUUACAGGUACAAAAGCUCAGAACGAUGUCAUUCUUGAAGGAAGAUGUGCUAGACUGGAUUGUCUUAGCUGUGGCAACCUUUUGGAUGCUAUAAACUUAAUAUUGAAUGUUGUGCCAUAUCUAUGUUUUUUCUCCUGAAACCUAGUUUAUUUGGAACAUUUCACGAAUGACAUGUAAAAAGUAUUACAAUAAGUCCUUUAAGUAAUGGAACUGUAUACAUGACCUAGUUUAUGGUGAUAACCAUGCUAAUAUAAAAGCGAUGUACAUGGGACCAAUACAUUUGCUUUCCAAGUACUUUUGUUGUUUUUCCAGCUGUCUGCCCAAUGUUCAUGUAAUAUUUCAUGCCUUGGUCAAACUGGAUUAUCCAAUACCUCCUCAACAGUGUUUGAAAUAGAAACAAUUGCCAGGCUGCCAUCAGGACCCACAGACUUUAGAAGCUGCAGGCCCUGACUAAACUCUUCAGGCCCUCAUGUCAAACACUGCAGUUUACUGUCACAAAUAAAUCAACAUCUAAAUUUACUACCAGCCAUAAGGACACGUGCAAAUUUAGAACUACAGGCCCAAACUGAGAUCUACCUGCCAUGGGCCUACGGUCAGGUGCUUAUUUCGGACACCGCUCCUCAACAUCUCCAUUCUGUUAUGAUAUAUACCCUGUACAUGUUGACCACAAUAGCUUGUUACAGAAGUUGAUGCCACCAUCUCCAUCUCGGACCAUUUAACUUGCUUAUGAGUUUGGAAUCAACAACCUGUGAAAAUACCUCUUCUGAACGUGAGUUCAGCAUACAUCUACACGCCUAAACAUAGCCCCUAGAAACGAGCCGCAGUAUAGUUAAUCAGAAGAUUAUAAUGAACAUUUAGCUUGAAAUGUUUCCCUGAGUAUUAAGAGGGUGGGUGGAAGGGGUGCAGAUUUGAGGAGAGAUUAUGUUUUUUAUCUUCGACCUAUAGAAAUGUAAGCAUUACUUUGAGUUGUACCACUUAGGCUUCCAAAUGACAAUUUUUGUAUGAAUGACAGAUAAUGAUGUAAUAGAAAGCACAAGUAGCUACUGAUUCCAAAUAUUGUGAUGAGGUGGAGGGACGUUUACCUUCAUCCAUUAGAGAAUCUGUGCAUAUGGAUAUGUAAACUUUCAGAAACAAAACUUGCAUUUAUAUAUAACUGAAAGUAAGUGGUCAUGUUGAUGCUAUAUGUACCUUCAUGACGAUUGGGGUUAAAAAGGUUGUCGGGUAGAUUGGGUUCAUAGUUUCUCACCCUUCAAACUAGUGGGAAGUGAAAUUAAACAGGCAUGUCUAUUUAUGGCUCAACAUAACACCCCCAAGUACUGUUUCAGAAAUUUGACAACACUUAAAUGUGAAAUAAACAGUUUUAUUCCCCGCUAGUAUAUUACUGUGUGAAUGUCCAAGUUUAUGAAUGAGAAUAACAUCAAGCUUCCAGACCUGUGAUUCUCCCUCAUGCAAAGCCAAACUUGAUGCUACAACAUCUUUAUAUCCAGAACACUUUAUGGUAUAGGCUAUCAUUGUUUCAUUAAUGCUGAGACGCUUCCAAGCCAAAUGACUACCAGAAUAGACAAUGUUGGUGUAUGCUAAAUGUUUUGAAUGAUGAUCGUAGAAUGUAGGUUUUAUCAGUUGCACAAAGAUGGUGGAAUGUAUAGAAAAUGGUUUGAAAUUUUACUUUGUGCUAGUUGACCAAAAUGUUCUAGUCUCUUGUUUUAUGCAAAUGACAAAAUUGUAAAUACAUAACUACAUAACUACAAUGGCAAUAUGUUGAAAUUGAUAUCAAAACAAGACCAUUUUAUGCAGUGGAUCUUUUGCAGUGAAAUGUUAGUAAUUGUGAAGUUUCAUUAAUUGAAAUUAAUUGAAUCAUAAUGGAGAAACAUAAUGUGUGUGUUAUUCCAAUCAGUUAAUUCUCUGUUUACAUUAUAGCAACAAAUUGGUUUCUAACAACACUCCUCCACUGGUGGUUUGAUUGAACAGACAUGCACACUAUGAUCAACCACAGUAGGAAGAGUUGAGUCACAAGCAUGUUGAGGGUUCCGGUUUCCAUUUGUGGCUACAUUUUAAUGCUAAUUAUGUUAAAUAAAUUGAGGUAAGUUUUAUCUAAUUCUGUCUGUUACAGUUUUAAGAAUAAACACAUUAUUGAUG